AAUGGAGUGAAGCUAGCUACUAGUACAAACGACGGCUUUUCUUGCCAUCGAAUCGUUCCUUGUCCUCAGUCUCCGAUUUGCCUACUCUCUCUCUCUGUUGUGAAGUGACAGCUCAGUAUAUAAGCUGAGCUGGGAGAUACAGGGGAAGGCAGAGAGGAACACAAGGAGGCAUCGAUCGUUCGAGUAGCCUGUGAGUUAACUUGUCUGCUCAAAACUAGCCUGCUCUUGAUGAUCCGGAGAAGCUAGUCGUCCUUGGCGACUUGCUGGCGUGGUCAGCUUGAAUCCUCUAGGUAGCUUUACAUUGCAGAGAAGAAGCAAAGCUCAUUAUUAGACCAAGAGGAAGGAAGGCAAGAGGCGGCGGCGGCGAGGAAUGGACGGCGGCCAGUCGCCGCGGCCUCUGCCGCACCGCCGCGCGCCGGAGCGGGAGGGGAGCCACAACUACGAUAUCGAGCGCAUGGACGGCGCCGGGGAAGGUGAGUUCUGGCAGAACGCCUCGUCCGACGCGCUGCUCCGCUACGACGACCGCCAGGGGAGCGCGCGCGAGCCGAUGCUGCGGAAGCGCAGCCUCAACACCACCUCCCAGAUCGCCGUCGUCGGCGCCAACGUCUGCCCCAUCGAGAGCCUCGACUACGAAGUUGUAGAGAAUGACUUUUUCAAGCAAGACUGGCGAUCGAGAAAGAAGAAACAGAUAUUUCAGUACAUUGUUAUGAAGUGGACGCUGGUCCUUCUUAUCGGCCUGUUCACCGGGCUCAUCGGCUUCUUCAAUAACCUUGCGGUUGAAAACAUUGCUGGAUUAAAACUGCUUCACACAAGCGAACUUAUGCUCAAUGAAAGGUAUGUUGCUGCAUUUUUCGUGUAUGCAGGCUCCAGUCUAGUCCUGGCAGCAUCUGCUGCUGCGUUAUGUGCUUAUGUUGCACCUGCAGCUGCUGGAUCUGGUAUUCCCGAAGUUAAAGCAUAUCUCAACGGUGUUGAUGCUUAUUCUAUAUUGGCUCCUAGUACACUCUUUGUAAAGAUAUUUGGUUCAAUACUUGGAGUUUCAGCUGGAUUUAUACUUGGAAAGGAAGGUCCAAUGGUACAUACCGGAGCGUGCAUUGCCAACCUACUUGGUCAGGGAGGGUCACGCAAGUACAAUCUCACAUGGAAUUGGCUAAGAUAUUUCAAGAAUGAUAGGGAUAGGCGUGAUUUGAUUACUUGUGGGUGUGCUGCUGGAGUGGCUGCUGCCUUCCGUGCACCUGUUGGCGGUGUCCUGUUUGCUCUUGAGGAAGCAGCAUCAUGGUGGCGAAGCGCUCUUUUAUGGAGAGCAUUCUUUACGACUGCUGUUGUUGCUGUGGUGUUGAGGGCUUUGAUUGAGUUCUGCCGCAGUGGAAAAUGUGGUCUCUUUGGGCAAGGUGGAUUGAUUAUGUUUGAUCUCAGUUCAACUGUGGCUGCCUAUAGUGCUUCGGAUCUGAUUGCAAUAAUUCUCCUUGGAAUAAUUGGUGGCAUAUUCGGAGGCAUCUUCAACUUUCUCUUGGAUAAAAUUCUCCGUGUCUACAGUAUAAUCAAUGAGAGAGGUGCUCCAUCCAAGAUCCUUCUCACUGUAACAAUAUCUAUUAUCACAUCAUUGUGCUGCUUUGGCCUCCCUUUGCUUGCUGAGUGCACUCAAUGCCCUGUGGAUGCCGUGGAGCAAUGUCCCACCGUUGGUCGCUCUGGCAACUACAAGAACUUUCAGUGCCCACCAGGGUAUUACAAUGGUCUUGCAUCACUGUUCUUCAACACAAACGAUGAUGCCAUCCGCAAUCUUUUCAGCAAUGGAACCGAGCUCGAGUUCCACAUGUAUAGUCUUAUCAUCUUCUUUAUCGCCAUUUACUGCCUUGGACUUGUGACAUACGGAAUUGCCGUCCCUUCUGGUCUCUUUAUCCCUGUUAUUCUUGCCGGAGCCACAUACGGGCGAAUAGUGGGUACGCUUUUGGGAUCCAUAUCCAAUCUUGAUCCUGGCCUUUUUGCACUUCUUGGUGCAGCUUCUUUUCUGGGUGGAACAAUGAGAAUGACUGUCUCAGUCUGUGUGAUCCUCUUAGAGCUCACCAAUGAUCUGCAAAUGCUCCCUUUGGUCAUGCUUGUUCUUCUCAUAUCCAAGACCAUAGCAGAUAAUUUUAACAAAGGGGUCUAUGAUCAGAUAGUGGUAAUGAAAGGUUUGCCAUUCAUGGAGGCUCAUGCCGAACCAUACAUGAGGCACUUGGUGGCUGGCGAUGUUGUGUCUGGCCCACUAAUCACUUUUUCAGGCGUCGAGAAGGUUGCGAACAUUGUUAUCGCGUUGAGGAUCACGGGUCACAAUGGAUUUCCGGUGGUUGAUGAGCCACCUCUAACAGAAACGCCUGAGUUGGUUGGGCUUGUCAUCAGGUCUCACCUGUUGGUUUUGCUGAAAAGCAAGAUGUUCAUGAAGGAGCCGGAUAAAACCAGUGGUAGCUUUGUUAUGAACAAAUUUGGUGCCUUCGAUUUUGCAAAGGCAGGGUCAGGGAAGGGUUUGAAAAUUGAGGAAUUAUAUUUCACAGAUGAGGAGAUGCAAAUGUAUGUGGAUCUCCAUGCGAUUGCAAACACCUCACCGUAUACGGUGGUUGAGACAAUGUCACUAGCAAAAGCUGCAAUCCUUUUCCGAGAACUAGGAUUGAGGCAUCUAUUGGUUGUGCCAAAGACCCCAGAUAGGCCUCCCAUUGUUGGAAUUCUCACAAGGCAUGAUUUUGUGGAGGAACAUAUCCACGGGCUGUUCCCAAGUCUCAAUCCUCACAAUUUCCAUUCCACUUCGAUGGGAGGUUGACCGUGAAAAGUUUUGUGUUGCUUUUUUUUUUUUUUUACAAAAAAUCAUAUGUGUGAUGGUGAUGUAAACUACAAAACUGUACCAGGUAUUUUUUUCGGAGAGAGCUUUAUCUUCUGUACAUCAAUCACAUGAUCAUUGUAGUGUAUUAUGAUUUGGUCUUUUGAUCUCAGUGAGUACCACUGGCCUUUGAUCAGGCCAAGUGUCAUAUUUGAAGACUGAAGAUAUAUUGACAUACUGGUAUAUCUGUGACUA